AAGAUGACAAAGACAAAUUUGAUUGAAUGUUUCAUUACACAUUAUUAUAACAAAUUUAUACACAAUAAUUAAACUAUUCUCCAUAAAACAGAGCUAGUAGCUCUAAUUUAUACCAGUAAUUUUUUUUUAAUUGUAAUAUUUUUUUAAAAAUUAAUAAAAUCUGUGUUGGACUUUCUGUCUACUUGUUCCGCAAAACAUUCUUCAAAAAAAAAAAAAAAAAAAAAAAAACACUUGUUCCACAAAACAGAGCUAGUAGCUCUAUUCUACUUGUUCCACAUUUAUACUCCAAACAAUUUUAAAAGAAACUUAUACUCUCUUCAAUUUGGUUUUAUUUAAGUGUCUCAUUUUGUUAAUAUAUAUUAUUCACUUAAUUUAAAUUGACUUUUUUCUUCGAAACAAUUCAAUUUGACUUAUAUUACUGAUGUAUACUCCAAACAAAAUUAUCGUUAAAGAACAACACAAAGUAAACUACUUAUAACUCAUAUGAACUGAGCCGUGUCAAUACCAUUGGCAUCGAAUAGAAAAAAUGUUGAAUUCAUACACUUUGCUUGUGUCAAUAAUCAUCUUGUCUUGUACAUGGAAACCAUGUCAACAAAGGCAAGAUACAGAUUGCUUACACCGGUGCGGGAGUAUUAACAUUCCCUAUCCCUUUGGAAUCGGGCCAGACGGCAAGGAGGGCUGCUACUUAAACCCUAACUUUACCGUCUCUUGUAAUGUUUCCUCUUCCUCACCUACACCAAUUCUUAAAAAAUUUGAUUUGGAGAUCGUCGAGAUCCAACGUUCUGGUCGGAAAGGAUCCGUAGGCUCUCUAAUCGUAAAAAUCCCAACAUUAUCUACGUGCAGUAGAAAUAACAACAGUACAGAAGCAAAAUGGACGAGCAAAAACUUGACUGAUUCACCAUUCAGAUUUGCAGAAGAUGCAGUAGAUGGAAAUGUAUUUGCAUCGGUUGGAUGCGACGGAUAUGCCGUGUUCUACAACGAGACUAGUGGAAUGAUAGCAGGAUGCACCUCAGUUUGCAGCCCUGAUUAUCAUUCUGCAGCAGCUGUUGCUGUAAGCAGAAGCAAAUGUUACGGCUAUCGUUGCUGCCAAGUUCAGCUGACUUCUGUGCAUAAACAUUUCCCAGAGCUUAAACAAUACGGAAUAAGUGUAAGAACAACUAAUACAUCAGGACUUUGUAGAUCUGCAUUUUUGAUCGGAAAGAAAUAUUUAGAAGCUGGACCACCGUUAGCGCCGGGGAUCACUGCGGUACCAGUUGUGCUUAAAUGGGGAAAGUCAAAUCUCACUUUUAUUUAUAUUUUUGUAACCAUGAUUAUAGUUGUUGGCAUACCAAUUAUAAUAUGUGGAGGAUGUUGGGGGUGGUGGCGAUUUAAAACUAAAAAGAGAAGAAAGGAGAUCAAACUCAGAGCAAUGUAUUUCAAGGAUAAACUAGAUAUACUAGGGGCUUCCAACAUAGACACCGCCGAGAGGACUAAACUCUUCACACUUACAGAACUAAAGAGAUUCACGGACAACUUUAGCAAGGAUCGUGUACUUGGACAAGGAGGUCAGGGUACCGUUUAUAAAGGAAUGUUAAAAAACGGUCAAGUUAUAGCUGUUAAAAGAUCAAGAGCCCUCGAGGAAAGCCAAUGGAAACAAUUCAUCAACGAGGUAAUUCUUUUAUCACAAAUCAAACAUAGACAUGUAGUGAAGAUUCUUGGAUGUUGUUUGGAAGAUGACAAACCUCUUGUAGUGUAUGAGUUCAUUUGUAAUGGAACUCUUUUGGAACAUAUCCAUAAGUCCAUAUUCACAUGGGAAAUGCGCUUGAGAAUUGCAUUCGAGACUGCUUCUGCAAUUUCUUAUUUGCAUUCAGAGUUUUCAACACCAAUUUAUCAUAGAGAUAUUAAAUCUAGCAACGUACUUUUGGAUGAUAAGUUUGGAGCAAAAUUGUCGGAUUUUGGGAUUUCUAGAGCAGUAUCUGUGGAGCAAACUCACGUGACAACUUGUAUCCAAGGGACGUUUGGUUAUUUGGAUCCUGAAUAUUUCUUUUCGAGCCAGUAUUCUGAAAAGAGUGAUGUUUAUAGCUUCGGAGUGAUUUUGGUUGAGCUUUUGACGGGAGAAAAACCAAUUCGCACACCAAUACUCGUAGAUAAAGAAGAAGAUACCGAAGAUGAUGAAGAAUUAAGUUUGGUGAUUUAUUUUGUCUCAUCAAUCAAGGAUUCUACUUUGUUUGACAUAGUUGACCCUAUGAUCAUAAAGGAUGGCAAGAAAAAGGAUAUCAUGGAAUUUGCCAAUCUUGCCAAACAAUGCUUGAGCCAUAAAGGAAUUCAAAGGCCAACAAUGAAAGAAGUCACAAUGGUUUUAGAAAGACUAAGGUAUAAGAACUCAUCUUGUUAACCUCGCCCACCGAAUGAUCACGCGAUGAUUGGAAAAUAGUACUUGCUAUAUUGGAAGCUCUUGAUCUAUGUUCACAUAGUUCUUAUUACGAAAUUAUUUACAAAUCCUUAAAGAUUGAAAUUAUUUCUGAUAUAACAAUUACCCAGUCAGAGAUCGAUUUUUAAAAGUGUGAGGAAGACUCCAAACAAAAAUAAACAGGCUUUCAUUACAAUGUAACAAUGGAUAAAAUGUUGAA